AGGGCACAACAGAAUGAAAGGACAGAGGAAGGUAUGGACUCCGGAGGAUAGGAUUGAAGUGAAUUGUGAUAAGAGUAUGAGAGGAAGGAAUUGGGCAGAAAAAUAUCUUCAUAUCAAUGGAUGUCAACUCUGAAUACCAAGGAAAAAGGGAACAAGAUCUGGGAGUUUUCCCAUCAUUACAUAGGAGAAGAACCAGGCAGUUAGGAUCUCCACACUUCAGUGUCCUGCGAUGACUGUGCAUGAGUCAGUAACAUGUAAUAAAUCAAAUCCAGGUUUUGCAGAACACUUUCCUUACAGUAACUCAGAGGUAAAUUGGCGAAAUGUGGAGUGGCAAGUCAAAAGAGGUGCCUUUACCAAACCCCAGGAAUCUUCAUAACAAGGAAACUGUUCGAGCAGAUACAAUGACAUCAUGGGAUACACUUUCUCAGACUAAGGCUGCUCUGAGGCACAUUGAGAACAAAUUAGAAGUAACCCCUACCAGCACAGCUGUGUUUGAUUCUAUCAUGGAUACCAAGAAAUCUUCUGCUAACGCUACCAGGAAAAUAAGUAGGAAAGAUGGUAGAUAUCUAGAGGAUUGUUUGGGUAUUGCUCCAUCCAACAAGAUAUCCAAGUCACGAAAAGAAAAAUCCUCUCGAAGUCCUCUUCGAGCCACUACCUUAGAGAGCAAUGUGAAGAAGAACAACCAUGUGGAAUUCCGUGAACCCUUAGCUUCAUUUAGGGGGGAGACCUUUAUUGCUCCAUCCACUCUGAGUUCCAGCCAGCCAGAUGUCAAACAUUUGUAUGGUUUGGACCCCACUACAAUAGAAGAGACAAUUGUUGGAGGAAGCCGAAUGAUAUAUAAUCGGGAUGACCGGGAUAUACAUUGCCAAGAUUUUGACAGCUCUCAAUCUUCUGUUGUAAACGAAACUGUUGUUAGGUAUUUAAAUGAUCGCCCAGCAAUUGAUGCCUUGCAGAAUUCAGAAACUUUAUUCCGAGUGAUAGCUCCUGUUAGAAAUGAGGAAGAAAAAACUAGUGGGGCUAAAGUAAAUGAGAAGACUUCAGUGAGUAACAUAAGCCGUGAUGUUGAUAUGAAAGUGUCAAGGCCGAGUGAAUCUUCUCCAUCUUCAAAUAGUACUACCAGUGCCCAAAGAUUAGAUAUCUUAAAGCGGCGACAGCACGAUUCCAAACUAGAAAAACUCAAGGAGCGGAUCAGAAAACAGUGGGAGAACUCAGAAGAUGUGAGUGGCAGAGGUCAGCAUCUGGGACAUGUUGACCAACCGGUAAUGAUAACCAGUAUUGACAAUGGAGUGACAGCAAAAGUCCGUAAAGUGGCAAUAGCACCACCUGCUCCAGCAUAUAAAGGAUUCAAUCCUGCAGAAACUAAAAUUCGAACCCCUGAUGGAAAGGUGUGGCCUGAAGCAGUCUUUCAUAAUAUGAGUAGAGAUUUAUAUCGAGACCUUGGAUUAUACUUUGGUGGGGAUGUCUCAGUAAAAGAGAAACCUCCUGAAAAAAGUAAGGAGAAGAAAGCAGUCAGACCAGUUAGAAAAGUACAAAAGAUAACACAGACGUCAAGCCCAGAUUGCAAAUCAGGUGGUGGCCGUAUGAUAAGUACAUCUUCUUGGCGAGAUGGACAAAAAUUAGUAAAGAAGAUUUUGGGUCCAGCACCCAGAAUAGAACAAAGAGAUCGAAGGACAGAGUCAAGCGAUAGAAAUGGAAAAGAGAAGACUACUAAAUCUGUUGGUCAAAUUGGAAGAGCAGAAUCUGAUCCUAGAUUAGACGUUUCACAUAAACGGCGUCAUCCACGAAGUACAGAACGUUCACGAAGUAGGGUUCGACCUGAGAAUAAUUUAAAGAAGUUGCCUGCUUCUCUCCCAGAUAGUAAACCAGUGGAAGACACCUUAAAUAAGGACUUUUUGCCAGUUGAAAUUCGUGGAAUUCUUGAUGAUCUUCAAUUAGAUUCUGCACCUCAGGUUACAAAACAAGAAGCUGGGGAUCGGCAGAAUCAAAAAUCUGUGGUACCAUCCCAAAGUUCUAGGAGUCAUAGUCCUGUUAAAAGAAAACCAGACAAGUUAACAGCUAAUGAAGAUCCUCCUGUUAUUUCUAAAAAAAGGCACUAUGAUACAGAUGAAGUACGCCAAUACAUUGUAAGACAACAAGAGGAGAGGAAGAGGAGGCAAAAUGAAGAGAAGAAAGCUCAAAAAGAGGCAACUGAACAAAAGAACAAACGACUACAGGAGCUUUACCGGAAACAGAAGGAAGCAUUUAGUAAAGGAAAAAAUGUACCAUCUUCUGAACCUUCAGCAGCCAGAAGGUUACAAGAAACUUACUCUAAAUUGCUGCUAGAACAAGCCUUAUUGGAAGAACCAUCUCAUCAGCUACAUGUUACCCAAGAACAACAGGUAAGGCCAGGGUAUCAACCAUCUGGAGAAUCUGACAAAGAAAACAAAGUACAAGAACGCCCCCCCAGUGCAUCCUCCAGUAGUGAUAUGUCUCUCUCAGAACCUCUGCAGCCUCUUGCAAGAAGUGAUUUGGUAGAACCAUCAUGGAUGCAGCCAGACAGACUGAGCCCAAGGACCUAUCCUUCACAACAGCCACUUAUUGAAGCAACUGGAUGUUUACUCUCCCAGCUUUUAGACCUAGAACAUGUGGGGACUUUGCAGAAGGACUUUGAAUCUGUAUUGUCAGCCAGGAGAAACCAAGUUGUAGGCACAGGGCAAUGGACUUUGACACCACAACUGUACGUGACUUCAACAGCUACACAGCAAGAUGCCUUGAUAAAACCUAGUCCAAACCAGUACAGAAGUAAGCUAGACAGAAUUGAAGCCCUAAAAGCAACAGCAGCUUCUUUGUCCAGCAGAAUUGAAAGUGAAGCCAAGAAAUUAGCUGGUGCCAACAUUAACUAUGGAACAACAUGGAACCAUGACUAUGAUGUGCAGCAAGGUCCCCAGGAGGAUGGACAUUGGGCUAAGCCUCUGAGUCCACCUGUGAGAGAGGAUAAUGAAGAUACUUUUUCUGCCAGGAUUCAGAAGAUGCUUGGGACCUGUGUAUCUCACACAGGCUUUGAUGAUAAUCUUCCUGGAGUGGGAAACCUUAGUGAGUUUAAAAAACUUCCUGAGAUGAUUAGGCCUCAUAGUUCUGUAUCAAACUUUGGUUUACGAUCACCACAUAAACCAGAAGGAAUACUAGCACAGUUAAGUAAAAGGCAAACUGAUUCUCCUGCCUCUGACACUCAGGUUUUUGGUCAAGACAAAAUCAAAAUAUCUCAUGAUUCAAGCACAGAUUCAGUUAGUGAAGGGCCUCUACUCAGUGAGGGAAGCCUUUCUGAGGAAGAAGAGGGCAAAGAUGGGCACUCCCCUCUGAAGGCAGUGACAGAAAUCCUUAAGGAAAAGGAAUUCUGUGCUGGGGAAAAAAAUGCUUAUGAACCUAUCAAAGAGUUUCAGAAAGAUGCUGAGAAAUUCUCGCCACUUUUUGGACAAGCAGGUGGCACACAAAGCAAAGGAUCAUGGGAAGAAUUGGCAAAAGGAAGUCCACAUAGUGUCAUUAAUAUUUUUGCAAAGUCUUAUCAACUCUAUGGAAAAGGCUUUGAAGACAUGUUGGAUAAAGGGCCCCCAGUGUUGCGGCCUUUGCUUCCUAUCACAACCCCUGCAGGCAGUGUUUCAUAUGAAGAUGAUUUUGUAUCCUCUCCAGCAAAUGGAACAUUGUCAGAAAAAAAAUCUGCCUAUGAACCUAUUAUCAGUAGUAGCAGUUCAAGCAUUCAGGAAGAGUCUUCUAGUAGGAAAUCCCAACAUUCUGCAGGGACUCAGUCUGUCACAUCAUCUCGUUCAUCCACGUCUUCCAAAGGAAAGAAAGGAAGAAAGGAAAAAAAGGAAUGGUCAGCGUCAUUUACUGGUGGUACUCAGAACAUUCUUUGUGAAGAAGAAAGAUCACACUCUAAUUCAGAUCGUGGGUCUCACAAAGGAAAGAAGCCUGUGAUUAAUAGCAAAAUUUCUAUUAAUGAUUAUGAGCAGUAUCCUGAUACUGAUAGCACUUUGGAAAAUCUUUCUGGGCAAUCUAUGAGUCUCUCAUCAGAUAAGGGAAGAUCACAAAGAACUCCAACUUCCCCCCUGUCUCCAAGCUCCCAGAAACUUCCACAAUUUGACCUUCCAGCAAACUCUGUGGAGAGGACUAGAUCUCCAGCAGUCUUACCUUCAACACCACCAUCAGGAUUCAAACCCAAUGCUGCCUUCUCUGACAUAAAUCUAGCAGGUAGUAGGGCAACAGUAGGAACACCUUCAACCCCAGGUACUAUGCGCUUUUCUCCUGCUGGCCUUCAGCAUCGUAUGACAGCAGAGCUUAACUACUUAAGUGCCAUUGAGGAGUCUGUGCGCCAAUUGACAGAUGUAGAAAGAGUUCGAGGCAUAUCACUGGCCCAGCAGGAGACAGUCUCAUUGGCUCAGAUCCUAAAGGCACAGCAGCAACGUCAUGAACGAGAUCUGGUGCUUUUGAAGUUGAAGGCUGAACAUGAAGCCCUGGAAAGUCAGAGACAGCUGGAAGAGGCCCGACAAAAAGCAGCUCAGGCUCAUGCAGAAUCUUUACAGCAGCUGGUUCAGUCACGACAGGAAGCCACUGAAGCACUACAGGAGACAACGUGUAAGAUAGCUGCUCAGCAGGCAGAGGCUGCUCGGCUUACCACUGAUGCUGCACGACAAAUCCGUGAGAUGACAGAACUGGCACGAAACCAGAUAUCAGAUGCUGUCACAGCUUCAGCAGCACCAAUAACAGUUCUUAUUGAUCAUCAGCGGCAACAGCAUUCAGAGUUCAUGAAACAUUUGAGAGCCAGAACUGAUACAGAUAGGAAAAGUGAAUCUGUUGUCCUUUCUCAAAGUAAAGAAGAGACAUCUGACUCAAAGAAUCAAAAAUAUUCUCCAUAUUUUGAUAGUUAUUCAGAGGCCUCAAAAUCUAAGAGUCAUGAUCAGAGAAGCAGUAACAGCCACCAAGAAAGCCCGUCAGUUCUGUUGUCUAAGGAAAAUGAGAAGAAAUCUGCCUCUGAAAAAAUAGAGAGUCCUAUUGAAGAACAAAUUCAUACUGCUGUGGAUGAUUCCCUGCAGAGUGAUAGUAUUCCAUCAUUGCCUGAUGAGAAAGACUCAACUUCUGUUGCAACUGAGUAUUCUCUCAAAUUUGAUGAGUCUAUGACAGAAGAUGAAAUAGAAGAAAAAUCUUUUAGGUCUUUACUACCCUCAGAGAGCCAUCGUCGAUUUAACAUGGAAAAGAAAAGGGGUCAUCGUGAUGAUUCUGAUGAGGAAGCUUCCCCAGAAAAAACUGCUCUGUCUCCUGUCAAGGAACUGAGUAUGCCAUUCUCAGGAGGGCAAGAUAGUUUCUCUAAGUUCACCAUGGAAAUGGUGCGCCAAUACAUGAAAGAAGAGGAAAUGAGGGCAGCUCAUCAGUCUUCAUUAUUACGACUCCGUGAGAAAGCCCUGAAGGAGAAAGCUAAAGCAGAGCUAGCUUGGCUAGAACACCAGAAAAAACAUCUACGAGACAAAGGAGAAGAUGACAAAAUGCCCCCUCUCCGGAAGAGACAGCGUGGCUUGUUAUUGAAAUUGCAGCAGGAGAAGGCAGAAAUUAAGCGUCUUCAAGAAGCCAACAAAGCAGCACGGAAGGAAAGACAACUGAUUCUUAAACAGCAAGAGGAAAUAGAAAGAAUUCGUCAGACCACAAUUAAGCUUCAGGAGAAAUUGAAGUCUGCAGGGGAAAACAAAUUGGAGCCUCGUAGUGAAGAUGAGACAAAGCAAAGUAAGGCAUCUAGUCCGGCUCCAACUGACUUAGAGACUCGAAGUCCUUCCCCUGUCUCUAUUUCUAGCAGUGAGACUAGCAGCAUCAUGCAGAAACUCAAGAAGAUGCGCAGCCGGAUGGAUGAAAAACACUGCUCUCCUGUUCACUACUUCUUCUCUGUCUUUACGUCUCAUCACUGGGCCUCUCUCAGUGUCUGUUUUCCCAACCUCCAUCCCAAAUUCCAGCUGUAUAUCUACAACCAGUUGGUCAGGUUUCUUACUAAACGAGAGCAGAAACUGAUGCAGAGGCGACAACAUGCAGAGGAGCUAUUGGAAUGGAAAAGACGUUUAGAUGCAGAGGAAGCAGAGAUUCGUCGAAUGGAAAAACAAGCUUUGGCAGCAUGGGACAAAGAGCUUAUGAAAUCUAAAACACCCAAGAAAGACCUAGGGGAUGAGAGAAGAGAGCAAAAAGAAACAGCCAGUGAAGAGGAAUCUCCAGCACCUUCUUGCUCUAAUCUAAAUAGUGAAAGUUCUAUCCCUGAAGAAUUAGGCAGUCCACCUGCUGAACCUGUAGCAUCUGAAACCAUAGCUCAAGGGCAGUCUGGGAGCCCAAGUCACAGUAUACUUUCUGAAGAAAUGAUUUAUUCCCAGGAUCUAGAGUUGUCUGUUGCCUCAGCUACCAAACAUUCACCUUCCAAAAGCUGUGCAUCUUUGUCAAAGCAUGAUUCCAGUAAAGGAAGUCACAGAACUGGAGGACAGUCUCGCCUAUCUGGGAAAUCCCAUCAACUCUCUCAGAGUUGGUCAGAUGAGUCAUUAUCUAUGACCCAAUCAGAACCUACUUCUGACCAGAGUGACAUUGAAGGUAGAAUCAGAGCUCUAAAAGAUGAGCUGCGAAAGAGAAAAUCAGUUGUUGAUCAACUGAAAAAGGAACAGAAAAAAAGGCAGAAAGAGAGGCUGAAAGCCCAGGAGGCCAGUCUGAUCAAACAAUUGGAGUCAUAUGAUGAAUUUAUCAAGAAAACAGAAGCAGAAUUAAAUCGAGACCUGGAAACAUCGCCAACAGCCAAACCUCAAAUUAAAACUCCCUCCUCAGCUACUGAGAGGCCUAAGAUCAAGCCUCCACCACUUCACAGGCCUGAAGCAACAAAGAACUGGAAAUCACUGACAGAGUCAGAACGGUCAAGAGGAUCCUUAGAGUCUAUUGCUGAACAUCUUGAUGCUUCAGCGUCAGGUUCUGAGAGAGCUUUGCCUGAGAAAUCUUUGUCUACGUCUACCAAGAGACCUGCUGAUUUGGACAUUCAUGUCGAACAGCCUCUAAACACAUCACCAAACCUUAAAAUAUCAAGGAGAGCCAGAGCAGAAUCUGGAGAUUAUCUGGAAAAUGUGCCUUUAUCAUCUUCUUUCAGAGAUCCAAACACUGACAGAACUUCCAAUGUAUUGGAUAUUCGGUUGGAAGAGUAUAGUCAUAAAUCUGAAAUCCAAGAAGAGGUGGCGGAAUAUGCAAAACCAGAAGAGCAUGAGAUGGAAGAUACUUAUUCCAAACUCUCUGGGAAAUCUUUUGCCUUGCUGAACUUAGACCUGGAGCAGGGAGAUUCACCUGAGAUUAUCUCAAAGAAAGAUCUUCCAUUAGACUCUAAAAAUGCUCCAAAAGAUUCACAUAGCCCAGUAACCAUAGAACAACUUCAGAAAACAGAGGAAAUGAUGAAAGAGGUACAAAAGGACAGAGAUGAUGUAGAGAAGGAUCCAAACACAAAAUCAGAACAAGCUACUCACAGACGAAAGAUUGCAAAAGAACAAGGCUUAUCUUUUUCAGAACAACUUUCAGCUCUUAGAGAGAUGUCCUACUCAGAUGACUUUGAGGCAUCUUCUCCCAAGAAAGAAACUUCAGCUGAAGGAACACCUGCUGAAUUGUACAAAGAUGAUUUUGAAUUGUCAUCUAUGUUGUCUCCUAGAAAAGACUCUCAGUCACAGAGGGAAAAAUUACCGCUGACAAAGAAUUCGAGAAGUAAAACUACCAGCUUUGGUAGUGAUGAUGAAAUCAGUGAAUGUCUUAGUGAGAAAAGCCUGUCUAUUUCUGGAAGUGUCCAUUCUGGGAGACUGUUAGAACUCAAAUCCCCAACUGAACUUAUGAAAAGUAAGGAGCGGAGUGAUGUGGAGAAUGAACCCAGUAUCACUGAGGCACCAUCAUGGGCCUCUGCUUCUAUUGCUGAGGCUGAUGAGUUGUUUAAUUUCCAUCUUGGUGACAGAGUCCUUGUCAGCAAUGUUCAACCUGGCACACUUCGAUUCAAAGGCUUAACAGAGUUUGCUAAAGGAUUUUGGGCUGGAGUAGAGCUGGACAAGCCUGAAGGAAAUAACAAUGGAACUUAUGAUGGCAUUACAUACUUUGAGUGUAAAGAGAAGCAUGGGAUUUUUGCUCCCCCCCAGAAAAUCUCUCACAUUCCAGAAAAUUUUGAUAACUUUGUAGGUGAAAAUGAAGAUGCUUUCUCUAACGAACAAUAUAAUCAGCAUCAAAAACAAGAACAGAAAGACACAGAGAGUCCCGAGUCUAAUAGGGGAAAAGAUUCAGUUGGCUAUUUUCAGGAGAAAUCUCCAGUUAGCAUACACAUAGUGGAAACCUUAGUGGAGAAAAGCAGUAAGACUGAAUCCAUAUCUAAAGUUGAUCAUACACAGGCAAGUUCUGUGGCUACUGAAUCGAUUGCUCAAGAGCAGUCUUUAGUAGAUUCUCUAGUUUCUUCCACAAAAGAUGAAAAUGCGAUCUCCCUUUUUGUUUCUGGUGCCAUAGAAAAAGUUACUACUUUUGUAUUGGAAGAUACUUUAGAUAUUGUCCUUUCUGAAGAAUUGAAAAGGCAACAAGAAUAUUGGACACAAGAAUUGCCUGAAAAUAAAGAUAACUUAUCUCCACAAGUUUUGGGAAAGCCUUCAACCCCCCUUCUGGACCUUUUAACUAAAGAAAAAAACCAAUUGGAAGCUCAGUUGAGGUCAUCACUUAGUGUGGAAGAGAAAUCCAAAAAACUGGAAACUGUCAGUUUACUGACAGAUAGUUUGCUAAAAACCUUUGUGAAGGAUACAGUGGAUCAGUUGCAACAAAUUAAGAAAGUUAAGAAUGAGAAAAUCCAACUUAGCAACCAGGAGCUACAGGAUGAUGACCAAGAAAUAGGGGUUUCCAAAAUCCCAUCUAGUUAUCAUGAGGAGCAAUUACCUAGUAGUCUGCCAAGUGUAUUUUUAAAGGUUGAAGCAGAAGAUGAAAGAGAAGAAGUUUCCUCUCCUGAUAUGUGCCCCAGACCAGAGAGCCCAGUGUUUGGUGCCAGUGGGCAGGAAGAACUUGCUAAGAGGCUUGCGGAGCUUGAACUCAGCCGGGAAUUCCUGAGUGCAUUGGGAGAUGACCAGGACUGGUUUGAUGAAGACUUUGGCUUAAGUUCCUCCCACCAGGUCCAGCAAAAUAAGGCAGAAGAGCAAAUUGUGCCGCCAAUGGCAGAGUCAAAAAAAGUACCUCCAAAGCCAUGUGAGACAUUAUUAGCUGUUCCACACACUGCAGAAGAGGUAGAACUACUAGUCCAUGCUGCAGCUGAGGAACUUUGGAAACGGAAAGAGAUGGGCCAUGAUCUUCAAAGCAUCAGCAUUCCCACCAGACUACUAGGUAGUGCUUGUAGGGGUCAGGAUAUAGAAAGCACCAGUCAAAGGGUCUACAAGCAGGCGGUCUUUGAUUUGACAAAAGAGAUUUUUGGAGAAAUAUUUGCUGAGGACCCCAAUCUGAAUCAGCCUAUCUGGAUGAAACCAUGUAGGAUGAACUCCAGUUACUUCCGGAGAGUAAAAAAUCCAAGUGACCUUGAUGAAAUCAAGAACUUCAUAGCUACUGAAGUACUUAAGCUGUUCAGCCUUAAAAAGGAACCAAACUACAAAACAGAUUGGCAGAAAAUGAUGAAAUUUGGACGGAAGAAGAGAGACCGCGUUGAUCACAUUCUGGUACAAGAGCUCCAUGAGGAGGAGGCUCAGUGGGUGAACUAUGAUGAAGAUGAACUCUGCGUAAAGAUGCAGCUAGCUGACGGGAUUUUUGAGACCUUAAUCAGGGAUACUAUUGAUGUUCUGAACCAGAUCAAUGAAAAACAGGGGAGAAUGCUGCUUGUGUGACACCUUCCAAAUAAACUGAAAACAUUGUGAUAAUUUGAGUUGUGGGCCUUUCUGCCUCCUGAUAUACAUUACAUCUCCAUCGUAGCAAGAAUACUACUGGCCCUUGUACCUGGUUUUAAAGACAGCUCACAUGGAAUCCCAGGAGCAAUCUGGUAUAGCUUUGUCUUUAGACACUGUUCACCGAAAACACCCAUUGUUUUCAGUGGACAAGGUUGCACACCUGCUGCUAACACACAGGCAUGUUUCUGAUCACCACUUUUCAGCAUCCCAAAUGGUCUUAGUUGAGGACUGAAAACACCAGAAUUACCUCUUAGUUUAGACUAGGGAACCAGUUUACUAAAGUUUUAAGAGUGAGUUAUUGAAAUAUCCCAUCAUUUCUGGAAUCUUCUUGGCCUAAACCAUCUGGUUGUAAUAAAUGGACAAUACAGAAUUUAAACAGUGUUAAGUUCUUCAUCACUUUUUAAUGGACAUCUCUAACACUGAUCAUCCAUUUUACACUCUGGAGUUCAUAUUAUUCCCUUUGGAAGACCAUUUUCUUCUAUUACUGCAGUUUAGCAGCACAAGUGGAUUGUCAGGUUAACAGAAGAAAAUGGCUGACCAUACUUUCUGUUCCCUAUAGAGAUCAUUUGAAACUCUUGAAUCUUUUCCAAUUUUCUUCUUUUGGGUUUGAAAGGAAAGAAGUGUCCAUCUUGAAGACGGGGCACAAAAGACUCACCCAGGGCCAGCUCUUUCCAUCCUUAUCCCCAACUCCUACUUUUCCUUCUCAUUUUCAACCACCUCCAGCUGCUCCUAGAAUCACGGAAACUCAGGACUGUCUCAGGCACCCAGACAGGCAGAAGUGGACGUUGUUCAUUUGGGCCUUCCCUCUCUUGAUCCCCAUGUUCACCCAAGAAAUCAGAGAAACUUUUACUUGAAUGAUUUAGGAAAUGAGUAUAUGCACCAAAGACCAAAAAAGUUAUGCCCAUCGCUUGUGUGCUUGUAUUACACUUGUAGAACUUAAUUUAUUUUAUGAUAAAUUAUUGAGUUUGAAAUAUGUGUCUAAUGCAGUGGUUGAUUGUGCUGCCACCUUCAACACUAAACCACAGAACCUGGAAAAGGCACCUUGUGUGUUCGUUUAAAUUUAUGUCCUGAAAGCGUAUAUAGUAGAACUAGAGGUUGGAGUAAAACCAUACACAAAUGCUGAAAAGUCAUUUGGAUUCAGUGAAGAGGGAGGCGGUUAAUAGGAUGAAAAGAACUGCACUACGACAGAUUGCAGUGUUCAGGAGUUGAGAAACUGAAGUAAGACACCGUGUGAAGUGAUGUUCUGCCUCCCCUUGCAUUGCUUAUUCCAGGUUAUCUGGUAGAAUUGUGUAGAACCCAGCUGCUAUCUUAGAGCCUCCUUAGCACUCUUCUCUGACCUCAGUGUCCUGCCUCUUGACUCUUCAUGCGAAAUCAUCAAUAAGGAUGGAGAUAACCCUGGGCUUGAAUGUAGAUGCCUUAAAUUCAAGGGUUCUAAACGAGAAACAUGACAUGAGACCUCAACUGAACAACUAUUCCCAAACAGCUUGGAGUUGAUGAACUCCAAAACAUGUUAGGAAAUCCCCAAAGAUGUCAUAUCUUUAAAUGUGCAUAUACGGUCAUUUCUGCACCUUUCCUCCAACCCUGUCCUUAUUACUUAAAUUUGUCACUAUGCAUACCUCCAUUUUGACUUUCUCUCAUUCUGUCUUUCCCUUAUUAAUAAGUUAAUGAAAUAAUCAUUGGAAUCUUUGCAUUUUGCACAAUGACUGGUAAAUGAUAUUUCCUGAACGGGAACCAAACUGAAAUGUUGCCUUUUGGGCCAUUGGCGUUCCCAGACCUAUUUAUCAGCACCUCAUCUGAGCUUUUAAUGAGAAACAAUGGCCAUCUAGCCAUAAUGGGCAAAUUAACAAGGAGAAAAUUAGGGGGAGGGGUGGUUGGAGUAAUUAACUUAGUAACAUUUUUUAAAUAUAGGAAUAUGAGGAUCAUAUGAUUGGUUUUUCUGUAAUGCUUUAUUUGAUGUUUUAUACAAGAAGAUAGAAGGCAAAUAUACAUCUUAUACAUUUGUUAAUUAUAUUAAAACAUACAACUAGCAUAAUUUUUUGAUGAACUACUGUGGAAAUACUAAAAUAGGAGAACAGUUUAUUCCAGGUUCUCAUCUGGUUGUUUCUUAAAAAUGCAGUCUACAGUAUUCAUUCCUAAUUUUAACAAGUAAAACAGUACAGUUGCCAGGGUAGGAAUGGGGACAUGUUUGCAUAUACAUAACCAGUUCAUGGAAUCAGAGUAAACUGAUCUUUUAGGCCUAUGUAGUAAGAAAUAUUGCCAGGAAGAUUUAGUAGUGAUCCUGUAGAUAUGUUGAUCUUAAAAUACCAUACCUGUUUCUGAUCCACAAUUUCUCUUUAUUGCCUUGAGAAUACAAGUGAAUACAGUAUUUCUAGUUCUGGAUGGAAAGUAGGGAAAAUAAUGGUGUUAUCCCUUGGAAGAAGUGUUCUUUUGACAAGACCAAGAAAUGGUGUAGAGCUGAACAAGGAUACUUAAUAAAUACUUGAUUUCUCUGUCCACUAACUGUUUUAGGGUAAUUAGAAAUGGGUGCAUUUUAAGAUUUAGGACUGACUGAUACAGAGACAUCAUCUCAGAGUUAGAUCCUUUUUUGUUCUACUGAACAUAGACACUCCCCUCCAACAUUUGUUCUUUCCCUCUUUUUUCUCCUGUUUGUCCUCUCUUUUAUUCUGACCCUAUCUUUUCCUUGAGAAUAAGAUCAUGAAAUUAGAUUUCAAUUCCUGAAGAUUGGCACCAUCAGAAUUCAGUACUGAAUGAAGAUGUGAAUCCCGAGUCCCAGCUGGGAUACGGUUAACUCUAGAAAACAGCACAGGGUUCCAAAGUCCUUUUUUUAGGACUGAACAAUAAAGCAUUAGAAAAAGUUGGGAACAUCUUAAAAGUAAAUAUGAAUGGUGAUUUUGUAUCACCAAAAAAAGGUAUUUCUUUACAAAUUUAAGACAUCUUUCAGAAGAGAUUGUGUGGUGUUCAUUAGAGUAUCGUGGCUUGUUGAAAAAAGUUCAUUCACAGUCUUUUCUUGAAAAAAGUGGCCUUAGCUCUUUGCAAUACUUGAAUAAAAGUGUGUACCUGCAAAAGAAUUUCUGUAGCACAGCAGUAGAGACCAUUAAAUUUUCUGCAAGGAAUUCAAGUUCAGACUUUCAUCUCCCUUUUACUACCUUAAGAAGACUAGUGACUAAAGCAUUAAUUUUAAGCAAAGAAAUGAUAGAAACUACAAUGACGUUUAAUGCAAAUUGUAGGAAUUUACAUGUUUACAAAUCAUCUUAAACUGGUUGUGCAACAAUUCAAAAGGAUUUCUUUGUAUUUUUAAAAUUUCAAGAAAAUAUGUAAACUGAUAUAGGGGUACUGUCAUUUGAAUUAACCCAUGUUUAAUAGCUUUUCCUUCCAGGCUUUGCAAAGCCUCCUUGAUACACAUUGCAAAGCCUUCUCUGAGGGGGAUCUUGCCUCCUUGUGUGUACUGUAUUGUGCAGAUAUUAAAAAAAUAAAAUAAACCCGUUUACUGUGUAUGUGUAAAUAAGCCUGAUUUUCAGGCCAUUUUCAGCCAAUUAUCACACCCAGUGCAAUUCUGCACAGCCGACUUAAGGGUGUGGUUUGUAAGUAUGACCUGUAAAGUAACUGGGACGGUUCCCUGUGUAUACCAGUGUAAAUAUCUUUAUUAACUGAAAUGUACUUUAAAAAGAUAAAAUCUGUAAAUAAACUGAUUUAUAAAUUAACUUUA